AUGUUAGAAAGAAACUUUCUCAUGCCACCCGCAGAAGAUGGAACCCGAGUAAGAGCCAAGAUCCUUGGAAGAGUCAAAUACCACAAGGAGAAGGUUCAAAAACAUCCCGACAUGAUCAAGUUCAAAUGCAGAGUUAACGACGAGUACGAGGAAAUCGUAGGCUACAACGAUAUCGUGGAACACAUUGAACAAGACCAAAAUUGGGAUGGAACAUGGAAGUUCCGAAAGAUCAUGGAUCACCAAUCCAUCGAUCAUUCUACAGAACAACCAAGGGUUCACUGGUACACGUACAAGUGA